AUGUCCAAUUUAUUAUUUAUCGACGAGAAAACUGUCCAAUCCCUCCUUGAUAUUCGACAGCUUGUAGACAUCAUCGAGAGAGCAUUAAUUAAUUUUUCCAUCAAGGCGGAAACCAUAGCCCAACCUAUUCGCACUGUUGUCAAUAUCCCAUCUCAAUCUGCUCAUUUCUUUAAUAUGCCAUGCUAUUCACAACAAGAUAAUGCGUUGGCAACCAAGUUAGCCUGUCUAUUCCCUAAUAACUACAAACUUGCUUUACCUACAAUUCAUGCUGUAAUAUUACUAUUUGACUGCAACACUGGAGUUCCACAAGCGAUCAUUGACGCUGAUUAUGUGACUGAAAUGAGAACUGCUGCUGCUUCGGCUGUCGCUACCAAAUAUCUAGUCAAUGACAAUUACAACAUCUUAUGUAUUAUAGGUUCAGGGGCUCAAGCUCGCAGUCACCUGCUGGUGAUGAAGGCGAUAUUUCAAUUUUCAGAAAUUAGAAUAUGUUCUCGAAGUAAAAGCAAUGCUGAAAGGUUAGCUAAGGACACCAAUACACAUGCAGUAAUCUAUGAUUGUGUACAAGAUGCUGUUCAAGAUGCUGAUGUCAUAUGUACUACUACCAAUACUGUCGAUCCAAUUGUUUUUGAGAAGUGGAUUAAGCAAGGAGCUCAUAUUAAUGCUGUCGGUGCUUGUACACCUCAGCGACGUGAAAUAGAUGGUGAAUUAAUGCGUAAUGCUGUCGUUGUUGCUGAUAGCCGAGAAUCGGCUAAGAAUGAGGCUGGCGAUAUUAUUCUCGCAAAUGCUUCGGUCGAUGCCGAAAUUGGAGAGAUUGCAUCUGGUAAAGUAACCAUUGAUACCAAUCAAACAACAGUAUUUGAAUCUCUUGGAUUAGCAAUCGAGGAUGCAGUCUGUGCACGUCUUAUUUACGAUCUUUAUAAUAGCCGUAAUGUAACUACGUCAUAA